AUGGCUCCUACCCACUACGUGAACCGUACCGUUCCAACCAUCUCCCUACGCGACUUCGAAUCCCGAGCAGACGAAAUCACUCGGGAACUCGUCGAUGCUGCCGAAAAUGUUGGGUUCUUCUGUGUCGUAGAUCACGGCAUCUCUCCAUCUACCAUUGACAACAUCUUUGAUCAAUCUGCACGCUUUUUCAACCAGGCCGACGAGGUGAAGGCUCGUGUUCCAUUCUCCCCACAGCACAAUGCUGGCUGGGAGAAGAACGCCCAGAUUCGACCAUCAACUGGCUCUGCGGACCGUAAAGAAUCAUACCAGAUGCAAUUCGGGUCUGGAAUGAAUGGUAUGCCGAAGCAUGCUGUCGGCGAAUCAGCGCUAACGGAAAUAGGACGGUGGCUUGGGGAAGACACUCUUCCCGGUUUCCAGAAAGGUGCUCUCGACUUCAUGCAUCAAGCUCAAGGCGUCAGCGAAAAGUUGAUGAUAUGCUUUGCUCGCGGGCUAGGUUUUUCGGAUGAUUACUUCAUCAAAGCCCAUGACGUUGCUCAACAGAAAUCACAGACCGUGUGCAGACUAUUGCACUACUUCGAGACUCCUCAAGAGGCCAACCCGACAGGCGAAGUAUUCCAUCGUGCUGGCGCUCACGCUGACUGGGACUUCCUCACACUGCUGUUCCAGAAGGCCGGACAGUCUGGUCUGGAGAUAUGUCCUGGCCGCGAAGUCUCGACCUCUUUCGGCUAUGGAGACUCGUGGACCAAGGUGGAACCUGACGUCGAGAAGAACGCCAUCGUGUGCAACGUUGGUGACCUGCUAAUGUCAUGGUCUGAUGACCGAUUCAAGUCAACUUUCCACCGUGUGAAAGCACCUUCCGAGCCUGGAGAUUACUAUGGCGAGCGCUACAGCAUUGCAUUCUUCAACCAGCCAUGCAAAGAUGCUAAGAUUCAGGGACCGAUGAAGAAGUAUCCUCUGGUGACUGGCGAAGAAUUCACGCGCAAUGCCAUGACGAGAAACUAUAAGGCAAUUCAAACAAAGCUUCAAAAGGAAGAUGAUCAAAAAGUGGCUGCACCGGAGAGUUCCAAGGCUAUAAGUGCACAGGCGUGA